GCGAAUGAAGAGGCCGCCGCCGUGCUCUUAUCUCCCUCGGCCACAUUGCGGCCUGAGUUCCGCCGAACGAGCGCGCGUUGGAUACGGCCCGGAACACUCACUCACACACACACACGGACGCACGAACGAACGAAACACACACUGGAAACCAAGGGAGGGGGUGAAAAGGAAAAAAAGAACCCACGUCAGACAUGGAUGACCCACUCACAAAAUGGCUCCACUUAGGCGGUAGCAUCACCAGCAACACUCCCGACGGAUUGCACGGAUACAGCCAAUGAUUUUUUUUUUUUUUUUUUUUUUUUUUAAUGAUGGUACAUGAGGCAUGAUUAACACCGUGUUAUUCGGGACUGUGUGAGGAGAGACAACCCCCCUCCCCACCCCCAAUUUUAAAAAUGAUGGAAAAAAGGCAGCCGGACCUUUGUCGUGUAGAGGCAGAGUCUGGUCGUGAAAAGUCUGAGGACUCCUCCAUCAUCACCAGAUGCGAGGAAGAGGAGGAGGACGCGAGGAUGAGGAGAAGGAGGAGGAGGAAGAAUGAGGAUGAGGAGAAAGAAGGGGGAGGGCUCUCCGCGGGGGCCGAAGAGACUGAUGACGCGCCCUUGCAGAACUCGACGAACGGGACCGUCAUCGUCAUCAACGGCGUUGCCAAGGAAACCGCCUCUCGCGACGCCCUUGACCUGAAAAGGGAAGUGCCGGUGAUCGAGCUCUCCAGGAGGGACGCUAUAAAAGCGCUGGAGCGCAGGGCGGAGAGCCAUUUGGUGCCCAUCACGGAGCUACGCAGACCUCCUCUUCCUCCUCCUCCUCUUCCUCCUCCACUGCCGCACACCCAACGAGACGACGCUCGAAUGGUCCAGCUGAGCCCUAACGCGUUUCCUGUCCCGGCCCGGGCCAUGCUCUACAACCUGGCGCAGCCUCUCGCCGCCAUCAACAGUCUUGGAGGGGAUUCUGAGCAGUACAGCAUGUACCCCAGCAACAGGGUAAAACGCCGCCCGGCGCCUUAUGAGGUUGAACUCGACGAGGGUAGGCGCAUUUUAGAUCUUUAUAAGUAUGCCGGCCAGCCGAAGAUUGUCCGACGCAUCUUCACCAACAGCCGCGAGCGUUGGCGGCAGCAGAACGUGAACGGGGCCUUCGCAGAGCUGCGUAAACUCAUCCCCACUCACCCCCCGGACAAAAAACUGAGCAAGAAUGAGAUCCUGCGUCUGGCAAUGAAGUAUAUCAGCUUCCUGUCCAACCUCCUGGAGGACCAGGACGGGGGGCGAAACGUUGGCGCCGCAACCGAGGGGGACACGGGGAUCCUGGUCGGGGCCCAAGAGGGGGGCCCCCAGCUGGGGCCACGUCAGGACACGGUGGUAGCCUUGGCCAGGGAUGACCUGCUGGAAACGAUGUCGCCCGGCUCAAGUUGCGGAAGCUUGCCCGAUGGUGACGCCGAGGGCAGCCCGGAGAGCUUCACGGAGGACCAGGACUCGCCUCCGGCUCCGAGGACUAUCGCGGCUUCACGCGGCCCUCCCCUCCACCUCAGGCGCAAUGGACGCCCGCUGGACGGCUCUGGCCGACGAUGAUUUUGACGCCAAAAGAGGGCAAAACACAACACGUGAGACUUGAGCAGACAGAAAAGAGGAGAAUGGAACUUUGCAUUGUGAGACAACAUGGACCUGACUACCUAUCUUUUCGUCUCUACACUUGACAACGCUGAUGUAAAAGCCUAAGUUGGCCGGACGCUGGAACUUGUAAAUUCUGCAUGUCUUUGAGCGGCCUGCGGAUUUAAAGUUCUUUUUGUUUUAAAAACGCUAAGUAGUUCUGUAACAGCAGAGAAACAUAUGGGCCAAAUCCCUUGUAUUGUAUUCGAAAGAAUAAAUGAUGUGCAAUCGAAGCAAAAACAACACGCAACCAAACAAUAACGAUACACUGUACAAAGAAAAGUUCUUGCAAUGAUGAAAAUGUAAACUGCGACCAUUAAUUUAAUCCUGGCAAAUAUCCAAAUGUAAAGCAGGCGUUCAUGCCUUACAAAUUGAAGAUGUUACAAAAUGGCAAAGUAUACAAUGAGCCUCCUCUCGGGAGAAUUUAGUGGGAUUACAGUUAUAUUCUUUUUGCAAUUACCGUUGCUAUUAAAAAAAAAAAAAAAAAAAACUAAUUCAUUGGCUGCCAUUGAUAGACUUCCGAUCCAUUUUGAAAUGAAUUCGGCAUCCAUUGCCGUCACUGGCACGCAAACAUGAUCAUUCCCUGCCCAACCCUUCCACUUGGGGUUGAGUCGACAAAUAAAGUUGACUUAUUAAAGUUGACUUUUUUUCUAUGUUUACAGCUUGAAGGCGACGAAUCACUGAUUGUUUCUGCAUCUCGUAGUCCAAUUUGCAAUUUGCAUCAGACUUUUGACAUGAAUGAAUCAAUUUAGACAAACUUUAAAUCCUUCAUAGUUGACUUUGCACAAAAUUUUUUGUUGUUCAAACCCCCAAUCUAAUUUUUUUUUCAAGUGAAAACAAGUACUUCAGUAGAUAGACUCAUAGACUUCAUAAUAUAUUGACGGGACACAGGGCAUGGGGCCGAUAAAUAGGGGGAAUCACAGACAAAGAGCUUUUCUGUUGAAAAUUUGUGUGAAUAAAUGCUUAAAUCCCUGAAUUCUUUAUAGAUAUGGACGUCAAACAGUCUCGAUUCUUGGUUAAAAGCAAAAAAAAAAUGCAGUUAGCAUUUAAUUUACGUAAAUAUGUCAAAGUACGAUGCUAGUCUGUUAGUAAAUGUAGCGGCCGCCUUACAGUGGGGCAAAUAAGUAUUUAGUCAACCACGAAUUGUGCAAGUUCUCCCACUUGAAAAUAUUAGAGAGGCCUGUAAUUGUCAACAUGGGUAAACCUCAACCAUGACAGACAGAAUGUGGAAAAAAAAACAAAAAAAUCACAUUGUUUGAUUUUUAAAGAAUUUAUUUUCAAAUCAUGGUGGAAAAUAAGUAUUUGGUCAAUACCAAUAGUUCAUCUCAAUACUUUGUUAUGUAUCCUUUGUUGGCAAUAACGGAGGCCAAACGUUUUCUGUAACUCUUCACAAGCUUUUCACACACUGCUGCUGGUAUUUUGGCCCAUUCCUCUACACAGAUCUCCUCUAGAGCAGUGAUGUUUUGGCGCUGUCGUUGGGCAACACGCACUUUCAACUCCCUCCAAAGAUUUUCUAUGGGGUUGAGAUCUGGAGACUGGCUAGGCCACUCCAAGACCUUGCAAUGCUUCUUACGAAGCCACUCAUUUGGUGCCCUGGCUGUGUGUUUGAGAUCAUUGUCAUGCUGAAAGACCCAGCCACGUCUCAGCUUCAACGCUCUUGCUGAUGGAAGGAGAUUUUCACUCAAAAUCUCUCGAUACAUGACAGAUCAGUCGUCCUGGUCCCUUUGCAGAAAAACAGCCCCAAAGCAUGAUGUUUCCACCCCCAUGCUUCACAGUGGGUAUGGUGUUCUUCGGAUGCAAUUUAGUAUUCUUUCUCCUCCAAACACGAGAACCUGUGUUUCUACAAAAAGUUCUAUUUUGGUUUCAUCUGACCAUAACACAUUCUCCCAGUCCUGUUCUGGAUCAUCCAAAUGCUCUCUAGCGAACCGAAGAUGGGCCUGGACGUGUACUUUCUUCAGCAGGGGGACAAAUCUGGCAGUGCAGGAUUUGAAUCCCUGGCGGCGCAUUGUGUUACUGAUAGUAGCCUUUGUUACUGUGGUCCCAGCUCUCUGUAGGUCAUUCACUAGGUCCCCCCGUGUGGUUCUGGGAUUUUUGCUCACCGUUCUUGUUAUCAUUUUGACGCCACGGGGUAAGAUCUUGCAUGGAGCCCCAGACUGAGGGAGAUUUUUAGUGGUCUUGUAUGUCUACCAUUUUCUAAUAAUUGCUCCCACAGUUGAUUUCUUUACACCAAGCGUUUUACCUAUUGCAGAUUCAGUCUUCCCAACCUGGUGCAGGUCUACAAUUUAGUAUCUGGUGUCCUGCGACAGCUCUUUGGUCUUGGCCAUAGAGGAGUUCGGAGUGUGACUGACUGAGAUUGUGGACAGGUGUAUUUUAUACCGAUAAUGAGUUAAAACAGGUGCCAUUAAUACAGGUAACGAGUGGAGCCUCGUUAGACCUCGUUAGAAGAAGUUAGACCUCUUUGACAGCAAGAAAUCUUGCUUGUUUGUAGGUGACCAAAUACUUAUUUUCCACUCUAAUUUGGAAAUAAAUUCUUUAAAAAUCAAACAAUGUGAUUUUCUGUUUUUUUUUCCACAUUCUGUCUGUCAUGGUUGAAGUUUACCCAUGUUGACAAUUACAGGCCUCUCUAAUCUUUUCAAGUAGGAGAACUUGCACAAUUGGUGGUUGACUAAAUACUUAUUUGUCCCACUGUAUGUAAACAGAGCUUUUCCGGUGAAAAUUCUUGUGAAUAAAUGCUUAAAUCCCUGAAUUUUUUAUAGAUAUGAACGUAAAACAUUCUCGAUUCUUGGUUUGAAGCAAAUAAACCGUGCAGUUAGCAUUUAUUUUACGUAAAUAUGUCGAAAAAUGAUGCUAGUCUGUUAGACAUUGUAGCGGCAGCCUUACAACAAAGAGCUUUUUAAGUUGAAAAUUCUUGUGAAAAAAACGAAAAAUAUAAUUAUUAUCUUGUAUUCUCAAACAAAUCCCUCCUGAGACAAUCCUUCCUGUUUUUAUGCGGUACAGCUUUCGUACUUUUUCAAUCUAAAUCCGUUGUUGGAUCGCUGCAUGUGUCACUGCGACUGACCGCAAAUAACUAAAACGGAGUGUUGGAUGGCCCCCUACUCGAAGGCAUGGCGCAGCGAAAGUGGAAUCUGACCCGUCAAUCAUUAUGAAGUCUAUGAUAUACUUUUACUUUUCUCCCCCACAAAAUUCUCUUUGGAAUACAGCUCAGCAUUAGGGACGUACAAAGAGGUCCUGAAGUUCUACCAUUAUCACACAAUGGUGUAUUGUAAAUAGCGUUAUAUUUUCAUGCAACAAUGUAAUGUGGUUUACCUUUAGUGUGUUGUUUGUUCACGGGUUUAGUUUAAAAGAAUGAAAAUAUGUAAAGCAAGUGGUCGGAAUUCGUACACAUGAAUGUUGGUACCAUUGUUACAGCUCGAAAACGACAACAGACUCAGACUAAUUUAAUCAACUUUGCUUGGGAGGUACAAAAACACGCAGCGAUUUUCAAGGUGUACAAAAUGUUGGACACAUCAUUUUGACAUGAAUGUUUUAUUUUUUGUUUUAUUUUUAAUGUAAUGCAUAUGUAGUUUUAGUAAGGUACAAAGAUAAAACCCCUUCGUUUGCCAAGUUGAAUGCCGACAGACAACAAUCACACAUGCACACGUGGUAAUAUCGCAACAGCACCAGCAGUUUUCUGACGGAGACGGUAAACAUACGCUGACUGGUGCUGUGCAUUCUGCCUUUUCAGCAGAAUUUAGUAACCUAUAUUGGUACCUUUGGUAACUAUGGUAUUUUAUGAAUGCGGUAUAGGGACAUUGUAUGUUUGGUAAUGAUAUAUUUGUUGUAUGAUAGAUGUAUCUAUGAAUAUAUCCAAUGUUAAAUCCAUUGAAUUUUACAAAAAGCUCUCUGAAUAAAAGUUGCAAAUCAAAAA